UCAGUGAGCUCGGGUUGUAGGUGGUGCGCCUGACGGUCGGGUGCCUCUGAGACUCCGUAGGGCUCUCGGGCCGGUAGGCGAGGAAUGGAGCCGGCAGGCGGCGGUGGCGGCGUCUCCUCCACAGAUCCGCGAAGCACCUACGUGCUGAGUAACCUUGCGGAGGUGGUGGAGCGUGUGUUUACCUUCCUGCCGGCCAAAGCGCUGCUUCGGGUAGCCGGAGUAUGCCGCCUGUGGAGGGAGUGUGUACGCAGAGUGCUGCGGACCCAUCGCAGCGUGACCUGGAUCUCCGCGGGUGUGGCGGAGGCGGGCCACCUGGAGGGACAUUGCUUGGUGCGCGUGGUAGCUGAGGCACUUGAGAAUGUUCGAAUCUUACCACAGACAGUUCUCUACAUGGCAGAUUCUGAAACUUUCAUCAGCCUGGAAGAGUGUCGUGGCCAUAAAAGAGCGAGGAAGAGAACUACUAUGGAGACAGCAUGUGCCCUGGAGAAGCUUUUCCCCAAGCAGUGCCAAGUCCUUGGGAUUGUGACCCCGGGAAUUGUAGUGACUCCAAUGGGAUCAGGUAGCAAUCGACCUCAGGAAAUAGAAAUUGGAGAAUCUGGUUUUGCUUUAUUAUUCCCUCAAAUUGAAGGAAUAAAAAUUCAGCCCUUUCAUUUUAUUAAGGACUCCAAGAAUUUAACACUUGAAAGACACCAACUUACUGAAGUAGGUCUUCUGGACAACCCUGAACUUCGUGUGGUCCUUGUCUUUGGCUAUAACUGCUGUAAGGUGGGAGCCAGUAACUACCUGCAUCGGGUAGUCAGCACUUUCAGCAAUAUGAAUAUCAUCUUGGCUGGAGGCCAGGUGGACAACUUGUCGUCACUGACUUGUGAGAAGAACCCUCUGGAUAUUGAUGCCACAGGUGUAGUUGGACUGUCAUUUAGUGGGCAUCGAAUCCAGAGUGCCACAGUUCUCCUCACUGAGGAUGUAAAUGAUGCCAAAACUGUCGAGGCUGCUAUGCAGCGCCUCAAAGCAGCCAACAUCCCUGAACAGAACACCAUUGGCUUCAUGUUUGCAUGCGUUGGCCGAGGCUUUCAGUACUACAGAGCCAAGGGGAAUGUUGAAGCUGAUGCAUUUAGAAAGUUCUUUCCCAGUGUCCCCUUAUUUGGCUUCUUUGGAAAUGGGGAGAUUGGCUGCGACCGGAUAGUCACUGGGAACUUUAUACUGAGGAGAUGUAAUGAGGUAAAGGAAGAGGAUCUGUUCCAUAGCUACACAACCAUCAUGGCUCUUGUUCACUUGGGGACGUCUAAAUGAGCUGCCUUGCUGAGAGUAGCUUUCACACCAUGUAA